UCUCUAAAAAUCUCAUUUCUUUUGUUACAGAACUGUUGAAAAAAAUGGAUCAAAAUCUACAAGUGAUUUCGAAGAGAAUUGUGAACAUGGUCCGUAUAGCUUAUUACAUGCUGAGAAAAGGAAUUUGUAAGAGCAAGCUUAUGGCCGACCUCACAAAUCUCAUGUCCAGACGCCGCAAAAUCACUGGCAAAGCCAUCGCGAAUCUCAUGCUCCACCACCACCACGAUGGCGCCGCCUCUGCCUUCUCCCUCGCCCCUUUUCGCCGUAACCACCACCCCGAUGGCACCGCCGAUCACUACGAGUUCAGCUGCCGCAACAGCCCUGCUUUUCCCAGCUUCCAUUACUUUAACAAACGCCGUCAUUUCUUCACGUGUACUCAGACACCCGACACGCUGGACGAUGACGUGGGCGCGAUGAAUGCUUUCAAGACUGUUUUGGAAGUUCUGAACAAUGACAUGGGGUCCCCAGCGCUACCCGAGUUUGGGCGAAGCCCGAUGGUGGUGAGGCAGCUGAGAGUUACUGACCCGCCGUGUCCGGUUGCGGGAGCUGCCGUGGAGGACAGCCACGUGGAUAAAGCGGCUGAGGAAUUUAUAAAUCGGUUUUAUAAAAAGCUUCGGUUACAGAAGACGGGGGAGUAAAAGGGAAGUUUUGAAGAUGAAUUGUGAGGUGGCGUCGGACGGGUUGAAAAUUUUAAGGGUGCUAAGUUUUGUCUAAUCUUUGUGUUCAUUAAUAUUGUCGUGGUUGGUGCCUGCAUUUUCUGUACGUAUUGUGCUUUGUGUGGCCAUUUUUUUUUCUUUCUUUUUAAAUACUUGUAAUAAUAAUAAUAAUAAUAAUAAUAA